AUGGCGCCCGUUGUGCCUCCAAAUCCGUUGCCGCCGGAUGACAAUGUCAGCCCUGUUCUUUUGGGCAUCUCCGGCGUUCUCAUUUUCUUCAUUAUUCUGACUACGGCACUGCGACUGUACGUACGAUUCUCUCUACGGCACUCAGGAUGGGACGACUAUGUCAUGGCUGUCACAGCCUGCCUCGGCAUCAUCAGAUUCGGAGUUCAAUGCGGCCAGAGCGCAACCGGUAAUGGGAGGCAUAGAUGGUACAUCACGAAAGAGGAAUACGUCAAAAACAACAUGCUUGGCUGGUUCGCGCAGAUUCUUCUCUUCUCCAGCGUCUGCUUGCUGAAAUGCUCAAUCAUGUUGUUGAUCCUGCGCAUCAAGAAUUCCAGCAAGUUGAAAUAUUUCCUCUGGGGAGUCAUGGGUGGCCUAGUCGUCACCAACUUCGGCGUCAUCAUCAUUUUGCUGGCAGAGUGCGAUCCCGUUGAGGCCUACUGGACAGGAGUUGGCAAGUGCUGGGAUGCCAAAAUUCGGAUUUACGCCAUCUACUUGACUAUUUCUUACUCCGUAUUGACCGAUUUGCUUUGCUCGUUGUUGCCUUUGGCAGUUGUCUGGCAAGUCCGGAUUCCCAUGUCGACAAAGUUAUCGGUUGGUGGGCUAAUGAGUAUGGGACUGAUUGCCACCGGAUUCGGAAUUGCAAGAGCAUCGUCACUUGGUCUCGUUACGAGCGACUUGAGUUAUGUCUAUGCAGUAACCGCCAUCUGGUCCAACCUCGAACUUUACCUCGGAAUCAUUGCAGGAAACCUUGCGCUUUCGAGAUCGAUUUAUUUCUUUUUCUUCGGCGAGAAACAACCACCAUCGCAUCCCUCCAACUACGCGAAUUCGUAUGCAAACUCCCAAUCACGAUCUGCCUACCUAAACAGCAGGCUACGCGGCGACCAAGCCGGCACUAGCGCUUCUGACACAUACAUCCACUCGGACCGGCGACCAUCGGUCUCCAAGAGCGAUCACAGCGAUAUCCCGUUAGAGCCAGGCAUCCAGAAAAGAACAGAGUUCUGGAUUUCGGAGGAGGACGCCGAUAGCGACGCAUCCGCCGGGAGAACAAAAAAGCAAUCCCCAUUAUGA